AUGGUGAUAAUGGCGAUGGUGGUGAUGAUGAUGCUGGCAACAAUGGUCAUAAUAUUGAGAAACUACAGAAUCAGUACAAGAACGUUCACCUGCUCUUCCGCAUACAAAAAGAAUUCUGCCAAGGCAACAGAGUCUUUGAGCUGCGAAAGUAAGAAAUAAUAACUAGGCGUAACCACAGGUUAAAAAGUGCGACCUGGAGACUUUAGUCACUAAUGACAACGCGCCGGCUCACGCUGUUUUGGCCAGAUAGUUGGUGAUCAGCCUUUACUUUUGCCAAAAGUCGGUCGGUCGGUCGGGGUUUUUUAUUUUUUAUAUAACGAUUUGCGUCAAAUAAACAUGCACAUGACAAGGUACUUUAUUUCAUAUUGUCUAUUGAUAUAUUCAAAAUAAAAAACAGUAACAACUUUUCAAGUUUAUGCAAAGGAGUGGCAAUAAUAUAUGGGCCAAUAUCGCUCAUUAUAUAAUAAAAGUCGGCCCAUUUACACUGAAUAUCCAAUUUAGAUAAAUUUAUCAAAAUAUUAACUUGACUGAUUGGUAUCCAAUUACGUCACUUGCUACAAAUUACAUAACAAAUAGUAAUAAUUUGUGAUUAUAUUGUCGCUACGGCGCAAAGUCGCCUUCUAUGAAUAGCAUGACGUGUCAAUAACAAUACCGAUUGACAAAGCGCAAUUUAAAGAUAAAUAUUAAAGCCCGGCACAUGACUUUCAAACAACAGACGUUUCUUUGUAUACAUCACAACAUCCUCAUGCACAGCAUUUAAUCUUUUUGAUUAUUUAAAUCUGUCUUCAAUAACAGACUUACAACAGUUAGUAGAUGCUAAGUUAAGCUUCAUUUGAUGUACAAUUUGAUGAACAAAAGUUAAAGGUACAUGUAUAAAAUUGCAUCAGUAUCGAUGAGUAAAUAAAACACUGGGCGGCAUAACAGCGGCGGAAAUACCGUUUCAUGCGGUCUUCCAAAUAUGGAAAUAUGUUCCAAAUAUGGAAUGCAAGCCGAGGUGAAUCGGUGAAUCUUGAGCCGGGUCUAAUCCGAACUCAGCGGUAUAUUUAAAUUUUCUACGCACAGAUUAGGAUGCUCCCAGCUCGCUCGCUGGUCGCAAUGAUUCCUAUACAGAUGAAACAGACUGUUGUGGUUUUUUGAGGUAAAACGAAUAUAUAUAUAUAUAUAUAUAUAUAUAUAUAUAUAUAUAUAUAUAUAUAUAUAUAUAUAUAUAUAUAUAUAUAUAUAUAUAUAUAUAUAUAGACUGAAACUCCAUGGAUACCGUGACACUGUUAUAAGCAAAACGACUGGAACAGACGCAAAUUCGCUAGACAACACCAUCAAACAAACGGCAAACGCAUAUAGAACAAAACAGGGGCGGAUCUAGGGGUCGUCAAACCAGUCACGCGACCGGCAGGUACAAAACGCAGGUUGCAGGUUGCAGGUUGGGAAUUUUGCAGGUUGGAAUUUUGCAGGUUGGGGAUUUUGCAGGUUGGAAUUUUGCAGGUUUACAGGAAUUUUGCAGGUUGAUGAUGCAAACUGAAAAUUACGUCUACUAUAAAGUAUUCUAGUAUAAUUUUAUUGUGUACUUAUUGCAGUCUGACUCCUUGUCGCCACUUUUGAUAUCAGCCUAUCCUGCUACCAUGAUUCUAGCCUCAGUCACUCAUCACCCUUGUGAAAACAUGAGGUCUCAAAAAUUAUAUCCGGACAUACAAAAAAAAUUUGUCCGGAUACAUCCAACUUUCCUAAAUAUGAAAAAAAUUUUCCCGAAAUACCAAAAAAUGAAAAAAAUAUUCCGGAAAAUAACAUAAAUUCAAGUUUCGAAAAGUGCGCUUUGCGGGGCAAAAAAAGGCAAUCCUUAAAACAUUUUUAACGCAAAAAAAGGGCACUUUGCUCCCGGAAAAAGGCACUUGGCAAAACUUGGGGCAGGCCCCUCCUGCCCCCCCGGUUCCUACGCCCCUGCAUUCGUCUCCCCGUAGGUCCAAGCCAAUCUGGUCAUUUUGAAUGUUUUCACGGGGGUGAUGGCCACUAGCCUUAGAGCAGAGGCGCCGACAAGGAGUCAGACUGCAAUAAAUGCACAACUAAAUUAUACUAGAAUACUAAAAAAAUGGUGUAAUUUUAAGUUUGCAUUAUCAACCUGCAAAGUUCCUGGCAACCUGCAAAAUUCCAACCUGCAAAAUCCCCAACCUGCAAAAUUCCAACCUGCAAAAUUCGCAACCUGCAAAAUUCCAACCUGCAACCUGCAACCUGCAACCUGCGUUUUGUACCUGCCGUCACGCGACUAACGUAAAAAUCGCAAACUUAAUUAAAGUCUUAAAUAUUCGACCAAUAGUCCAGUUAUUUAUUAUCAUGCAGCGACCCCUUAUAAUAGUCCAGUAUCUUCUAUCAUGCAGCGCUAGGAAUUAACAUUCCAAUCGAACUGUAGUCCAGUGAUCAAAUUUCAUACAGUGGUUGAGCCGACGAGCUUAGUCAAGUCAAUGAGCGCUGACAUACGCAAAGUUGGUCAGUCAAAAAGUCAAAAUCCAGUGUUCUGAUUGGUCUAGACGCUUAUUGCCAUGGAAACAAGCGAUUUUUUGCGAUUUUGACUGAUCUGUGGGGAGUUCUGACCGAUUUACAAAAGUCAGGGGCGCCCCAUUAGUUGGAAUAUCAUUAAUAUUUGACGGGUGGUAAAGUCUUUCCGAGCGCGCGCUCAUUCGAAGUGUCAUGUUGGAGCUUUGUCGAAAGAUUCAAUUUAAAGAUAUCUACGGAAAAUUCGGAAAUGUCUGCUGCUCCAAACUCCAGUCCUUGUAGUAUUCACGAAACAGUUCAAUCCGCAUUUGCGAUGAAUGAUUUACCUGUCUUACAAGACUGUUGCGCUAAUCUUGGGAGGAAAAUCAACACUAAAUAUAUCGGAGAGUUCCAUUCAGUGAGCAGUUGCUAAGCGCCACGAAUAGUACGAACUACAGUUUGGCGGUUUGAGUAGAAGUAUUGGCGCCGAGAUCUUUAUUCUGAAGUGUAUUAAGGUAAAUUUAAUGUGAUAUGUAAAUUUUAAUUCGUUUUAGACAGAAUAACAAUAUUUAUAAGCGAACAAGAUGCGCGCCAUGCAUAUGUAAAAUUGUAUUAAACUUGAAUACGCGUAUCUUGAUUUAGAUUUAGCUACGAAUUUUGAUUUACACAACAAAUUGCAUAUUUGUAAUUCUGCGUUUGAAGGACCGUCAGAACUCAGAAGGCUAUUAAUAUGGAGGAUAACCUAUAUAAGUGCAUUAAUGCAGUAUACAUAGGAUAUAAAGGUCAGGUUUUAUAGAUGAUUUAAAAUAUUGAUAUAUGUUAAUUUGAGUAAUAUGACACUGUAGUGAUUACUCAAGUGAUCAAUGACUCAACAAGGCUAUUAGGCAACAAAAAUGAGUGUAGCACUAUCAUGAGAUAGUUAAACAUACUAGCAACCCGUAAUUUGAUAAAAUGAAACAUCUUCCACAAUUAUCACAUUUCUGCAAGUACUUCCCCUUUACUUUUCCCUAUUAAAGGAGCGAGUUGUGAGAAUCAGUCAGACUGAUAGUUGCUAUAAUUAUCUCCCAUUUCAUGAAGUUAAUUUUUUGUUGAAGCUGCUUUCAGAGUGAUGCAAAUUGCAUUUCUGAGGUAUAAAAAUAUAAAAAUUCCUGGGGGACAGACCCCCCUAGGUGCCCCGUGCAUUCGCCGCUCGCAAAGCUAGAUUGUACAUCCGAAAACUUUGACUAACGUACGAAAAAUCCUGGAUCCGCCCCUGGAACAAAACGGCAUAAUCAACUUGAACAAAAAUUUAAAAACUCGAGCUCCUACAAACAAUACCAUAGCAACGCAGACGCCUGGGUUAAAAAUAUUUCAGAUAGACCACUCACGGAGCAACAAACUCGCAGUUUAGCGAAGGGCUUAAAUUACAAUACCAAAGACGCUGACAAAUUAGAUUACGUCGCAGACUUAGAAUCUGCACUUAAAAACUCUGGACUAACUGAUGAAACCAAAGAACAUAUUCGCCACCAAAUAACCACUAAUCUGCAUAAUAAACGACCGGUUAAACUAGACACUGAAGAACAGAAAGCAAUCAAAGAUCUACAAAGCAACGACGAAAUUAUUAUAUUACCAGCUGACAAAGGACGAAUGACCGUAAUCAUGAACAAACUGAUUAUAUCGAUAAAGCAAACACCCUACUGA